GUGUGUUUGUGUCUCAGGCCGCUGGUCACCGCUGCUGCUUACUCUAAGGUGGAGGUCACUCGUCCGUCUGCUGCUAAGAUCCGGAGCCUGAACCCAGUGUUUGGAGGUCAGGGGCCGUUGCUAACGGGCCUCCGUAACCUCGGCAACACCUGCUACAUGAACUCCAUCCUCCAGUGUCUGUGUAACACGGUCGCCAUGGCAGACUACUUCAACAGGAACAUCUAUCAGGACGACAUCAACCGGGCCAAUAUUCUGGGUCACAAGGGUGAGGUGGCCGAGGAGUUCAGCGUCAUCAUGAAGGCGCUGUGGUCAGGACAGUACAAGAUGAUCAGUCCGCAGGAUUUUAAAGGCACCAUCUGUAAAAUCAACAACCGCUUCUCCAGCUACGAGCACCAGGACUCUCAGGAGCUACUGCUGUUCCUCAUGGACGGCCUGCACGAGGAUCUCAAUAAGGCGGACAAGCGGCGCGGGUACAAGGAGGAGGACAUCGAUCAUCUGGACGACGUGAGCGCUGCAGAGCUGGCCUGGUCCAAACACAAGCUCCUGAACGAGUCCAUCAUCGUGGCUCUGUUCCAGGGUCAGUUCAAGUCCACGGUCCAGUGCAUGAGCUGCCAGCACAAGUCACGCACCUUCGAGACCUUCAUGUACCUGACCCUGGAGAUGACGUCCAGCAGCAAGUGCUCACUACAGGACUGUCUGAAGCUGUUCUCUAAAGAGGAGCGUCUGACCGACAGCAACCGCUUCUACUGCCGCCGCUGUAAGACACACCGAGACGCCAUCAAGAAGAUGCAGAUCUGGAAACUUCCUCCCAUUCUCCUCGUACACUUGAAACGGUUCAAGUACGACGGCCGCUGGAGGGAGAAGCUGCAGACGCUGGUGGAUUUCCCGCUGGAUAAUCUGGACCUGUCACAGUACGUCAUCGGACCCAAACACAACCUGAAGAAGUACAACCUGUACGCUGUGUCUAAUCAUUACGGAGGGCUGGACGGCGGUCACUACACGGCGUACUGUAAGAAUCCUCUGAAGCAGCGCUGGUUCAAGUUUGAUGAUCACGAGGUGUCCGAUGUCUCCGCCUCCUCGGUGCGCUCGGCCGCCGCCUACAUCUUCUUCUACUCGUCUCUAUGAGGGACAGCGACAGGGCGUCACCAUGGUGACCGGGUGAUUGACACAUGCUUGACAUGCAGCUGUGGGCGGAGCUAAAGCCCUAUCCAUGAGGACUGAUGGACACUUCUCUGAGGGAACGCCUCUCUCUCUCUCUCUCUCUCUCUCUCUCUCUCUCUCUCUCUCUCUCUCUCUCUCUCUCUCUCUCAGUGGCGUCUGUAUUCCUGCAGGAGUCUGAACACAGGAGCUUUGAUCUGCUCUUGACGUGUGAGAUUAGACGUCCAUAUAAGCGCACUAUAAUCUUAACCCCUCAUUAGAUGUGCAAUGUUUUGUUUAUUUAUAUGGUGACCAAAUAUAACGGGUGCUGCCAGAUCCGAAAGCGAGCUGAUGGUUAACAGUAAAUAACACACACUAGUCAUUAUCAUCACGCACUAAAGCGCAGUGAGCUUGGGCCCGCUCUGCUCUGCAGGCUAGUGUUCAGGGAUCAGCUGACCACAGCGGUGCAGUGACCCUCAUCGACUGAGACCAGCUGAUUAACCCAUCGGUCACCCAGCGGUCAGCAGUAUCUCUGAGUCUGACACACAGCCGUCUCUCUACUAAUACUUCUCUGAAUCCAGCUGCUCGACAGUGACCCAUUCUGCAGCGUCUCUCUUCUGAUGAACGGACUGAUUCUCUCACAUGGUUUCUUAUUAUAUUAAGCGCAAUCUUUAAAUCCAUGUAUUAGCCUAUAAACCUUAAACAUGCAUUAAUAAACAGAUGUAAACACA